UCAGCCCCAGCUCCGCUCUGGCGUUCAGGAGAACCUGCUGACGAUGGAGAAGAUCCUCCUCCUGCUGCUCCUCUGCCUGGCCCUGGGCCUGGCCACCGCCACCCCGCACCCCCGCGGGCUCAUCACCAACCUGAAAGAUGGAGAGCUGUGUCUGCAGAGUGUUCAGUGCAAGAGCAAGUGCUGCCGCCGGGACAGAGGGCUGAAUCUGGCCCGCUGCUCCAAGAUGGCAUCUGAGAACAGCGAAUGCUCCCCCAAGACCCUCUAUGGCAUGUACCACAAGUGCCCCUGUGAGCAAGGUCUGACCUGUGAGACGGACUGGACCAUCAUCGGUGCCAUCACCAACUCCAACUAUGGGAUCUGCCUGGACUCCAGCCGCUCCAAGCAUUGAGCCGGACUGCCCGGCCUCAGUGUCCCGCGCCCCCUCCGGCCACGCCCUACCCCCUUCCCCGCUCCCCUCUUGAUCCCUCCACGAGUUCCCCCGGAUUAAACUCUGUCUGAUCUA